AUGGAAUUGCAAACCUCACACUACCCCGAUCCGGAUAUGGUCUUCGCACCUCCGCUGUCAACGCCUUGGGGACCCCAUAUGAGGACAAGAGGGGGGCAUACAAUACAAUGCUGGCAAAAGCAGCCAAGUAUCUACGGAGAGAGUCCAGCAGGAGCACUGGAAUCCGACGCUGCUGAGGCCCACUGGUUCUUCUACAGAGGCAGUGAGCACCCAGCAGUAUCAAGGGCAUCCGAUUGA